ACGCGCAGCUGGCGCGGGACCGAGAGCGGAACGAAGAGCGGAACGAAGAGCGGAGCGCAGUGGUGGAGGAGCGCGCGCGCCGCAAUCUCUGCGCACAAACAGAGUGUCAGAAGUGCUGCUUUGCGCUUGAAAGAGUCUCCGAGCAAAUCUUCUUGCGUUUUGAAUGAGAAAAUCGUGUUUUUGACAGUUAAUCUGCAGACAGAAACAAAGCAAAACAGUUUUUAUCUUUACUCCUCUGGUUUAGUUCAGCUUUUUAAACGCGUAACUUUGGGAAUCUUCUCUUCUGUGUCUCGGAUCGUCUCGUGACGUUCGCGCAGAAUUGGGGAAGAAGAGCGAGUUGAGGAACCGUCCGAAGGAGGGACACCGAGCCGCAGGCGCAGCGCUUUUCUUUCGCUCGCGUUUUUUUUCUUUGUGCGCGUCGCGUGCGGAGCGAUGGUGCCCCGGCUCUCGGCGCUCGUGCCUGUGCUCGCGCUGGCGUGCGCCUGGUGCGCGCGGCCAGCGGCUUCGCUGCAGGACAUCAAGCCGGAGGUCUGGCUCCAGCAGUACGGCUACCUGCCCCCAGGCGAUGUUCGUGCUCAGUCCCUCCGCUCGCCGCAGUCCAUCACUCAAGCCAUUGCUGAAAUGCAGAAGUUCUACGGGUUGACCGUCACUGGGUCUAUGGACAAAGAUACCUUGGCGGCGAUGAAGCGACCACGAUGCGGUGUUCCUGACAAGUUUGGAUCUGAGCUGAAGAGCAAUUUGAGGAGGAAACGCUACGUCCUCCAGGGACUGAAGUGGGACAAGAGGGAGAUCACUUUCAGCAUACAGAACUACACCCCAAAAGUAGGCGAGACUGAGACCUUCCGGGCCAUCCGACAUGCCUUCAAGGUGUGGGAAAGUGUGACGCCGCUGCGCUUCCGUGAGAUCCCCUACAGCCAUAUCCGGGACAAGCCAGCCAAGUUUGCCGACAUCAUGCUGUUCUUUGGCGAGGGAUUCCAUGGCGACAGCACCCCCUUUGAUGGAGAAGGGGGCUUCCUGGCACAUGCGUACUUCCCAGGCCCAGGCAUUGGGGGUGACACACACUUUGAUGCCGCAGAGCCGUGGACCUCUGGCACUACCGACCAAGGAGGGAAUGACAUCUUCCUGGUGGCUGUGCAUGAGCUGGGUCACGCCCUGGGCCUGGAGCACUCGGGCGACCCCAACGCCAUCAUGGCUCCCUUCUACCAGUGGAUGGACACGGAGAACUUUAUUCUGCCGCAAGACGACCGUCGGGGCAUCCAGCAGAUCUACGGGUCAGGUGGUGCACCUCCACCCCCACCUUCUCCCACACGACCCCCCAGGAAGCCAGACCAACCCUCCCAUGGCCCAAGUAUCUGCGAAGGUCACUUCGACACCAUUGCCAUCUUAAGGGGAGAGAUGUUUGUCUUUAAGGACAAAUGGCUAUGGCGGGUGCACAAUAACCGUGUUCUGGAAGGGUACCCCAUGCCCAUCUCACACUUCUGGAAUGGGUUACCAGCAUCCAUCAACGCCGCAUAUGAGAGGGCUGAUGGGAAAUUUGUCUUCUUCAAGGGGGACAGACACUGGGUGUACAGCGAGUCCACCUUGGAACCUGGCUACCCCAAGGGGCUCAGGGAGCUGGGAAGUGGUCUGCCCAAGGACAGGCUGGAUGCCGCCCUCUAUUACACCCCCACCGGAAUGACUUACUUCUUCAGGGGGACUAAGUACUACCGCUUCAACGAGAACACGCGGUCUGUGGACCCAGAGUACCCCAAGCCCAUUAGCGUGUGGAAGGGCGUUCCCGAGAAUCCCAAGUCUGCCAUCAUGAGCAAGGAUGGAGCAUACACUUACUUCUACAAGGCCAACAAAUACUGGAAGUUCGACAAUCAGCAGCUGAGGGUGGAACCGGGCUUCCCCAAGUCGGCGCUGCGCGACUGGAUGGGUUGCUCCGAGGAAGAGCCCCGGAGGGGGGGCACAGAUGAAGAGGUGAUCAUCGUGGAGGAGAAGAGCGGGGCCGGGGCCGGGCCGGUGGCUGUCGUGGUGCCCCUCGUGCUGCUGGCGUGCGUGAUCUGCGCCCUGGGGGCGCUGCUGUUCUUCCACAGGUACGGCACGCCCCGGCGCCUGCUCUACUGCCAGAGAUCCCUGCUGGACAAGGUGUAG